UAAUAAUUAAACUUCUUCAAGCUUUUCGAAUAGGAAUUUGCACCGCCGCUACUUGUUAUCAUUUAAUAUUUGUUUUUAAGGAAAGCAAUAGAGCAAAGGGCAGAACAUAUAACUUAAUAAGUCACACUAAUGGCGUUGAAAGGAAUAAGAGUAUUGGAAUUAACCGGCCUGGCACCAGGACCGUUCUGUGGUAAGGUUUUAGCCGAUUUUGGUGCAACUGUAACACGUAUUGACAGAGUGGUAGAGAAUCAUACAGAUGUCAUGCAACAUGGCAAAAGGACUUUAGCACUUGAUUUAAAACAACCCAAAGCCCAACAGCUUCUGCAAAAUAUAGUCGGCAGUUAUGAUGUGCUAAUUGAACCAUAUCGUCCCGGCACAAUGGAGAAAUUGAAAUUAGGUCCAGAUUCCCUGUGCAAGAUGCACCCAAAAUUAAUUUAUGCACGUUUAACUGGCUUCGGUCAAACAGGUCGAUUAGCAAAACGUGCUGGUCAUGAUAUCAACUAUGCAGCCAUAUCUGGUGUACUCUCAAUGUUGGGACGUUAUGGUGAAAAACCAACACCUCCUAUAAAUAUUUUGGCCGAUUUUGCAGGUGGUUCACUUAUGUGCGCUUUUGGUAUUUUGUUGGCAUUAUUAGAGCGUCAUCAUUCAGGGAAAGGUCAAAUUGUCGAUGCUGCUAUGAUUGAUGGUGCAGCUUAUGUGGCAAGUUGGCUAUUUAUGUCACGUACUUUACCCAUCUGGCUUGGCAAACGUGGUGAAAAUAUGUUAGACGGCGGAGUCUACUUUUAUGACACAUAUGAAACUAAAGAUGGGAAAUUUAUGUCAGUUGGUGCUCUGGAACCACAAUUUUUUGAAAUAUUCAAAACACGUAUUGGACUACCAGAUUUAACACAAAUCAUGACUGAUGAAGCUGAAAUUAAAGAUGUUAAGUCUAAGAUCCGAGAGGUGUUUUUGCAAAAAACUCAAGCAGAAUGGUCCGAUAUUUUUGAAGAUUUUGAUGCUUGUGUUUAUCCAGUAGUUGAAUGGGAAGAUGUGAUGAAACACGAUCACAAUAAGGAACGUGAAAGUUUUCAAAUUAUUGAUAAUACUAUAGUACCGAAGCCAGCUCCACGUCUUAGUAGAACGCCGGGAAAUGUGGAUCCAAAUUUCGAUAUAAAACAACAGUUUUCCACAGUUCUUAAAGAAUUAAAUUUAAGUAAAACAGAAUUGCAAAAAUUGAUAGAUGAGAAAAUACUAUUUUUACCACAGCAUACAGCUAAACUUUAACAUCAAUAAAUUAUGAAUCUUUAUAUAUGCAAUAAUAUAUAAUAUUAGAAUGAGCAAAAGUUAACGAUUUUUAAUAAUCCUAGAAUGUUUGGUUUAGGUAAAGCAUUAAGUUUUGAACUAUAUGUAUUACUUUAUAAAUAUAUAUUACUCUUGUUCCACUG